AUGUCUAAGUCAACUUUUAAUAAACUAUCAAACUUUUGGAAUUUGGCCAGUAGAAGUACAGCAGCAUCAGACACAAUAUAUGACGUUUGCAAGUGUAAGUUCCCAGUUCCUGUGGUAACUAGAUGGAAUUCAUUGUAUGAUGCAACACAAAAAAUUUCUAAUCAUAAAAUAAAUGUAGGUAUAUUAUUUGAAAAAUUACAUUUGCCUAAAUUAAAAGUUAGUGAGUGGGCAUUCAUCGAAGAAUAUUGUAAUGUUAUGAAACCGUUAGCUUUUUCGUUAGAUAAAUUGCAAGGUGAAAAGAACAGCUUCUUGGGUUUUGUAGCUCCAACUCUUUUAGCUUUAAGAAAGUUGUUAAUACAGUCCAACCAGUUAACAUAUUGUAAACCAUUAAGUCUCGCAAUUGUGACUAGUCUCGAGAAACGAUUUAGUUUUGUAUACAAUCUAAGUGAACCAAAAAGCAAAAGUUUUAUUAUAGCGUCAAUAAGUCAUCCAAAAUUUAAAAUGGACUGGGUACCCGUUAGGUAUAGAGAUCUAUGUAAAAAAAUGUUUAUUGAUGAAUACAAUUUGAUGUCAUCUUUAAUUACUACAAAUUCUGACUCUGGAGAUGAGAGUGAUAAUAUGAGUGAUAAAGAGUUUUAUAAUAAUAUAUGUGUUCAAAAUUCAAAUCAUGAUUUUUCGGAUGAUGAAAUGAAUGUUCAAGUGUUAAAAUAUUUAAAUUCAAAAAAAAAAGAGCUACAGUUAUUAGACAAUUAUCCUGUAAUUAAAAAAAUAUUUUUUAAAUACAACACAACCCUUCCGUCAUCAGCACCUGUCGAAAGAUUAUUCAGUGGUGCAGUUCAAGUUUUGACAUCAAGGCGAAAUCGUCUUGGUGAUGUAACAUUUAACAAAUUAUUGUGUUGCCGAUCUAAACAAUAG